AUUUCCUAAAGUCAGUGGUUAAGUCUUGGCUUUUCCAUGCUUCCUGAUCGUUUAUAUUGUGACGGUGGCUAGGAGUCCCACAACACAGCUCUGGUGCAAAUGUGUUGUACCCUCACCACAGCUGGUGUGUUGUACCUUCACCACAGCUGGUGUGUUGUGUUCCUUUUGUUUCAACUUUGGUUUUUUGUUUUUCUUUUUUCUUUAAUGUGGCAUUUGGUUGCAGUAGUAAAUCUCUAGUGUAAUAAAAAGCCCUGUAUACCUGAGUGCACCUCUGGGACAGCUGUGCUGAAAGGGGAGCUGAGCACAAAGUGUACCGCGUGUAGCUGGCUUAACUGGAUGUGAAACAUAACUGUAUUAGAUCUUCUAAAGUUAUCAUUUUAAUAAAUUAAGGGGUGUUAGAAAAAGAAGCAAGGAUAUUUGUUAGCAAAGCUGUUUAAGAACAGGGCAAUCUAACCCCUUUCUGCAAUCCGUAAUUCAAUUGCUGGUAGAGAGACGAUUGAUUAUUGAACUGGCUUGACCAUAGUUCCAUUACUGCGUCAAAAGAAACAAUUUUGACUUUUUUUCAUGGAGAACUUUUUUAGUAGUGCGUUAUUCUUUUGGGAUGCUUGAAUACUUGGUGAACUAUGUUGGGAUGUUUCCUCUUUAUGCACCCUCCAGCCAUGACAGCGUACAGGAGAUUUUGGUUUUACAAGUUCAUAAACUGGACGUGGAGAUUUUGGCUCCGAGAUCGCUCUUUGGAGUCGGUGGCUGUACGUGACGCAGCGGAUGGGGUUCAGGAGAUGCCCUGAGGUCAGCGCUGUUGAAUCCUAGGCAGAGCCCGUCUAUGACAUCGUCACCUGGGAACGUGAGCGCUCAGAGCAGCUUUGCUGAGCCCUGUGUAGAGAUGGAUGGCAUCAGUGAUACAACUGUGUUCACCUGGCCUUUGAUCCCUGGGUAGUGUGAUGGCACUGAAGUCCAAAUCUCGUUUUCAUGGUCUUGGUCACUUGGGCGUUGCCUUGGAUUUUUGGGAUGUGCAUAUGUGAUAAAACCGCAGGUGCUACCUAAGUCAUGAUGAUUUCCUCGCAGUGAACAGUGCUAUUUUAAAAGUUCCAAUAACGAUUACUUACAUUGUUUUAUAGCUUCAUGAGAAAAUUAAACUGGAACAAUACAGUGGGAAUUCAUUAAAAGAGCAUGUAAAAUCUUAUGGAGAAGGAGGGAGGACUUCAUCUUUUUUAACUUGUCAGAUAGAUCCCAGUUGCUGGAUAAGGCGAAUUUAAACAUUCUGCUCUGAGACCCGGAACUCGGGAUUCAUUCUGACCGACACAGCGAUGUGCUGCAUCUUCUUUAGCAGUGUUACGCUUCAAGCCUGUCUCGUUAGAGGAUAUUCCCUAAUGGAAGGGUUAGGUCUUAAAGGUGAUGCUGGUGGCAUUUCAGAAAUGCUAAGUAUGAAGGCUUACAAAGAGCGAUUUAUUUGAUUAUUAUUAUUUUUUUUACUGCUGAAUUUAUACGGCUUUAGAGAGUAGCAUAUCUGAUUGAUAACUGACAUGAAGACCUUAGGGAACGGAUGCAUCCUUGGGAUGCUAUCUUGUGCUUUCUACCUUCCACUGGCAGCCUCCUUUCAAAAAGUCACCAUCCCGGCAGAGCUGAAGUUGGUGGUAGCUAAAGUCGCUGUGAACGCCACGUCCUGCAGCGUCACCUGCGGGCUGGGCUUCAAGCUGGAGGAGAUGUGCGAGAUCACUCCGGCCGGAGAGAGGAGGAACUGCACCCUGCGCAGGUCCCCGUGCCUCACCACCUGGGGCUGUGGCUUGCUCCACUUCACCGUCCCGGUGGGCAAACCGUUCACGUUCAGCUGCCUGAGCUCGGACACGGUCGACUUCGUUAGCCGAGCCUAUACCUGCACGUGGAGGCUUGCCCCAGGCCUGAUCACCAUGAACGACGUCCUGUUUGGACCUUUCAAAAACCCCGGUUAUGUCGUCCGGUUUUCCCCCACCAGGGAGUCGGACGCGGGGACUUACCGCUGUGAUGUGCGGAUGCUGAAGACGUUCAGGGUCAUCAAGAGAGUCUACUUCGGGGUCAGAGUGAUCCGAAAUGACUUAGUGGAUCUGAACUUUGAGAAGUCCUUGACUCACGAGCAGAAGCUAGCAGCAAACGAGGAGGAAGGAAUCAAAGGAAACAACACCCACACAGAAGUGCAGCAGCACUUCUGGCAAAGAAAAUCAUUUUAUAAAUCCCUGAUAGGAAUUGGAAGCGGAGUGAUAGGAGUUCUCUUACUGAGAGCAGCUCUCCGCUCUUUGCAGAAGACUUUGAGAAGAAGCGAUGCAGAGACACAACCUGAGUUUUAAUGCAAUUGCUGUUCUCUCUUGUUUGUUGUAACAAAUACAGCAAUAUUAGUAUUGAUGCAGCUUUUCAU